AUGCCGCGGCUCUAUGAGAUGCUGCGCCUACAUCAGAUGGAAGCCUACUCGGUGACUACGACGGCGUUGAAGGAAGACUACACCCUGCCUACUGCCCCUGCGAAUCAUGUGGCCCUCUACUUCACGCUCACCGAAGAAGAGCAUGCCACGUUCGAUGAGAUCGGCUACGCCAGUCUCACGGGUGCCCUACGUGCCCCUUGCUACGACAAGAUCAAUCUCUUCAAUACCAGGGCGGAGGCGCUGGUAUACUUCUUCUGCUGUCAGUGCCUCUGCAUGGGUUUCGACACCGCGCGGGAGCCUGUACGGAGGCUCAAAGAAGCAGCGCAGUAG